AUGUCUUCCACUGCAAUGCCAAUCCCCGCGCGCCACACCGGUGGCACUUCACCACGGCCGGUCCGCCACUUACCCUCACUACACAGACGGCAGCCAACACCAUGGGCCGUGAUCCUCGCUGUUCUCCUCUGCUUCGUUUCGCACACAUUGGCUGCCGCCCUAGAUCCUGCGGCGCCCGUCGAGACCGUGAUCAUCGACGACCAGACGCCACCGUCUCAGGAGGGCCAGAGAUGGAACGUGCUACCCGAGCAGGAGAUCAGGGGGCUGAGGAUGCGGGGACAGCACACGACGGAAUCGCCAGAGUCUACGGAAUCCUCACAACCGUCCAGGACUUCAGAAGGCGGAUCGGUGACCACGACAUUCUCUAUUGCCGUGGGGACAUUGAUACCAACGAGUACAAGCACGACUGCCUCUGCCAGUCCUCUUCCCAGCAUCCUCGAUAGCCUGGCAUCGAACUUCACCGCGGGACCAGACGGCCAGCCCGCACCAUGUCCGAUUUUCAUCAACAACUUCCUCAACGACCCGACAUUCAAGAAGUGCUACCCCCUGUCCAUGCUCUUCGAUAACUCCAAGUCCUUCUUCCAAGCGCAAAGAACACCCGUCAGCAUCACCCGAACGCUGGACGCCACGUGCGCCGCCAACGUGACGCUCUGCAACGACUACAUGCAGCAGCUGGCGCAGAACCUGACCAAGCCCGAGAACUGCGGCGCCGACUUCGAGCGGGAGCAGCCGGCCGUCGUGGACGCCUACCUCGCCAUGGCCGCCUACGCACCCGUCUACAGCGCCGGCUGCCUCAAGGACCCCGACACGGGCGCCUACUGCUACGCCAACGCCGUCACCAACGGCACCAACUACUCGACGACCUACUUCUACUUCCUCCCGCUCAACAGGACCCUGCCCGGCUCCACCGUGCCCGCCUGCGGCGACUGCCUGCAGCAGACCAUGGCGCAGUUCCAGGCCGCGACCGCCGACCGGAGGCAGAUGAUCGCCCGGACCUAUGUCGAGGCCGCCAAGCAGGUCAACACCAUCUGCGGACCGGGCUUCGUGAACGAGAGUCUGGCGGCCGAGGUCAUUCCCGCCUCCGGGGCCGUGUCUGGUCGGGUCGCCAUGCGCUCGUCGACGCUGUGGGUUGCGACGGGACUGGCGGUGGUGGUCGGUGGUGUUGUAUGGGGUUUGUGA